CGAUUAUCAUAUUACAGCCUACUAAUUUUACAGCUGUCAAACCAUCGACAAAAUGCACCAAAAUCUAUUGUUUAUAUUUUUGGUUUGCGCCGCACAGGCACAGGCGGAACUAUCCGGACUUUUGAGUGCCCUCCACUAUUUUGGACUCUACUCAAAUGGAACAUCGGAUUCUCUGGGAGUUUCUCGAGGCCAAUGCCAAUACAGUUUCGAGACAUUUGCGCUUCUGGAGGAUCGUCGGACCUGUGCUCCAGAUGACGAGCACAUUUUGCAUUUGACACAGCUUCCUCCGGUACGGAAACCACCUAUUCUGAUCAAGUGCCUACAGCAGGAUCCUCCAGAGAAUGAAACAGCACCCGAGCCGGGACUUCUGAUAAUGCGUAGCGCCAAAGAUAUCGUCGGUCUCUUAAAGCCUGUAGGGAAUGCCACCAAGCGCCACGAACCGGGGAGUUGUGUGGUGGUCCACUUUUGCACCGCUUCCAGCUUGGAGUGCGCCCGUGUGGCCCCGGUGAUGAACCUGCUGCCGCAUCUAUUUCCCACACUGCCUAUCGCCUAUGUAGAUGCCUACGAGUUUGGACGCUUCAAUGCCGAGUUCGGUAUCGUUUCUCUGCCCACUCUGAUGAUAUUCCACCAGGGUAGGCCCCUCAUCAAAUACGAUCCGUCGUGGUCAGACUCUGAGAAACGCAGCUUUGCGCGGUUUAUCAUGAGGCAUACCAAUGUGAAGACCGUGGAUCCGCAAGCGAUUCAUCCGGACAUCCUUAAUCGGACAAAAAGAGAACCAUUAUCCAAUGUACCCAUUGUGCAAACGGAUUACUAUUUGGGCUUGUCCUGGGCCUUCAUCUUAGCUUGCUUGGCUAAUUACAUGCGGCAAACAAUAUUUUGGAAGCAGUUGGUUGAGAUGGUGCAACGAAACUGGCGGGAAUCUGAGGAGACGCAGAUGGAGAUGGUGGACUAGUCAGAUAUUUAGUUUAAUCCCCGUUAAGUUGUUUAAGUAGAACGCAUUGGAUUCACUAAUAUAAUGUAAUUACCGUUUAAUUAAAUUCACAUCAACAUUUACUUAA